UUUGUUCUCUUCUUCUCCAUUCUCCAUCUGCGCACGGAUCUCCCUCAAACACCUCUCCCUUAUCUUGUCGGUUAAAUCCUCUCAGUAUCAUGUUGACGGAAACUCCAUUUAGGCCAAGAGAGAAGCUUCUGGAGAAGCAGAGGUUGUUCCAGAGCAUCCAGAGGCACACUUACCUCAAAGGACCAAUGGACAAGGUCACCUCCGUUGCCAUCCCUCUUGCCUUGGCUGCUUCUUCUCUCUACAUGAUUGGGACAGGAAUCUACAACAUGUCGAAUGGAAUCGGGAAGAAGGAAUAAGUAAACAGCUUCUUCUUCUUUCUGCUUUUGGAGGGUUUUUUUCUAUGUGUAUCCAGUGGCUAGCAUAUGCGGUUGCAGACUAAAGGUUGCACUGGUCCUUUUUUUUCGCCAAAUAAUUUUGCAGACAAUGUCCAAAGAUGAGAGAUGGUUGAUUGGUAUAAAGUUCCAGUGUUUGGAAAGUUCAUCAUUUGCUAAUGACAAAGUUGAAUUCUUUUCUUCCCCGCUCUACUUAAACUUUUUCUAUUAUCUC